CCAAGGAAGAAGACCAGCUUAAGUACAUGAAACAAGCUUCACAUUAAGUCAUUAAUGGAUUCUUCAACCCCUUUCUUAUGUAGUUAUGUUGCUUGUUUCAUUCUGCUUUAUGGUCUUCUUUUCUUGUAACCAUGUCCAGGGAUCAUCUCCUGCAAUGUUUGUAUUUGGAGAUUGCUCAUCAGAUGUUGGAAACAAUAACUAUCUUCAUACCACUGAUAAGUGUGAUUUCCCUCCUUAUGGCAUUGACUAUCCCGGCGGUGUGGCCAACGGCCGAUGCAACAACGGCAAGAAUGUCGCCGACUUUCUUGCUGAUAAACUUGGAAUAGCAUCACCAGAACCUUACCUUAGCCUGAUGGAAACCAGAAAAACUCACAAAUUUCUCCAAGGAGUUAACUUUGCCUCUAGUGGUGCUGGAAUUCUCAGCUCUACUUAUGAAGGUCUUUGCAUAUCAAUGGAUACUCAGAUAGACUACUAUUCUUCAGUGUUUGAAGCUCUGGUGGAGAAGAUGGACAUUUCUCAGACUCAAUGGCUCAUCUCAAGAUCUAUAUUUAUGAUCAACAUUGGAAGCGUUGACAUUCUGGUUUAUAAUGGAACUAGUUCAUCAAACUAUGUCAGUUUAUUGAUAUCUACAUUGGAAGGUCAACUGAAAAGAAUAUACGAUCUCGGUGCGAGAAAGUUUGUGUUCAUGGGGAUUGAACCAGUUGGUUGCUGGCCAGCUUUAAGAGCUAUGAACAAGAGCAAUGGAGACUGCAACAUAGAAGCAAAUCAACUCUCAUUUUUGUUCAAUGAGCAAGCUGCUGUUUUACUGCAGAAAAUGCAGUCAGAGUUUGCAGAUAUGAACUAUUCCUUCUUUGAUUCCUACAGAGAACUCAACAACUACAUCAAUUAUCCCAAGACUUAUGGGUUUAAGGAGGCCAAGGCUGCAUGCUGUGGAAUGGGAUUCUUGAAAGCUGAAAUUCCUUGCAAUCCCUUGUCUUCAUAUUGUUCCAAUAGAACAGAGUAUGUAUUCUGGGAUAAUUGGCGUCAAACAGAGGCCACUGCCAAGUUACUUGUGAGCACUGCCUUUGAUGGAUCACCACCAAAUGUGUUUCCUGUUAAUGUGAAACAAUUGAGUGGCUUUUGUAGUGAGAUUAAUGCUCAUGUUGUCCCAUUUGUAGCUCAGUGAUAUGAUGAACUUCUUAUCAAAUAACAACAUUGGAAAAUGUUCAGAAAGUUAUAGAUGGUGCCCUUGUGUUUGAU